UCUUCACCCUCAACCACGAAAGCUGAGCAGAAGUUUGCAACAACUACAACAGAAAAGUGGUCCAAACCAGGUGGUGAGAGUGCAGAACAAAGUCAGUUAGGUGAAGUCAAGGAGGGAGACAUGCUAGGCUUAUACAUUGGGCUUGCCAUUGGUGGUGUUCUUCUGAUUCUCAUUGUCAUCGUCAUUGUUAUUUCUUUCUAUAGAAGACAAGUAAGAAAAUUGAAGGCAGAGUUAGCCAUCGUAUAUCGGACGCCAAAUGAAUCAAACAACGACUACUGCAACGUCACGUUUGACAAUCCUGGGUACGCGACCCCGACGCCACUAGCGAUGAAUGUUCAAGCCAAACCGAACAAUCUUCGCACAGUACCUGCAGGAAGCAGCGCUGGAGAGAAGAAUGAAAACAUCUCAACUCCAGUGACCGUCCAAGAGAAGCCACAAAAUGUAAAUCCAGAAUAUGCGACGCCGUCUGGUGUCAGUGUUAGGCCUAAGAGCGAGAAUCCCGGAUAUGAAACUCCCGUCAAUGUUAACCUAAGGUCUAGUUAUGAUAAUCCAGGAUACGUGGACCCAGAUGAAUUAAAAGUUUUCCCAGCUGACGACAAACUGGAGUUUGAUUCCCUCGCGUCCGACGAUGAUUUCAUGGUCGACAAGGGAAAACGUUAGGUUAUAUUUCAAAUGUUCUAUCGGGCUUGAUGUGUACUGUUACUUACCUUUACAUGAACGUUCCUGUUUUAAACUGAUAUUCAAUAUUAAUGAAUUGCUAUUUUGAUGUACUUGCUGGGCGGCAAUCGUGUAAAUACAAUGUAUAUUUCAAAUAAGUAGAAGUUGAUUCUUUCAUAUAAUAACAUAAGACAUGCCCCACUUAAAUACAUUGCGUGUAAGACGUAGUAAUAUCUGCAUGGUAAAAUAACCCAUUAUUCACUUAUAUUGAAGACAUUAAUGUAUCUACUGGUAUAUAUAACAGGAGGUAUGAUUAAGGGUAUAAGAAAUUAAAAUU